AUGAACGGAGUAACUUAUUUUGUGCUGUUUGUGGCAGCUUUGUCAGCUCUGGAUGUCGUCCAGGGUAAGCCCAUGGGCAAUGUCAUCGAUUUGGAAAAGUAUUUCGAGGAAGCAGACACCAAUUCCCACGAGCGUGUGGUUGGCGGCUACGAUGUUCCACAGGAUGAGUAUGUUCCCUACCAGGUGUCAAUGCAGUUCCUUACUCGCAGUGGAAAGCAAAGACACUUUUGUGGAGGAUCCCUAAUUGCCCCAAAUCGCGUUCUCACAGCUGCCCACUGCGUAAAUGGCCAGAAUGCCAGUAAAAUUAGCGUCGUAGCCGGGAUUAGAGAUCUGAACGAUAGUUCAGGCUUCCGCUCUCAGGUGCAAUCCUAUGAGAUGAACGCGAACUACCAGGAACUGGUGACCAGUGACAUUGCCAUCCUCAAGAUCGAUCCACCCUUCGAGCUGGACGACAAGCGAGUGUCCACUAUUGAUGUUAGUGGUUCGGAUUUGGUGGGAGCCGAUCAGGAGGUUCUCCUCACAGGAUGGGGUUCUGUCUUUCACUUUGGCACAGGUCCUUUUGCCAAAUAUCCCACUGUGCUGCAAAAACUUGACUAUAAGACCCUUAGUAACUCCAAGUGCAAGGAGACGAUGACCCAACUGACUGACACUGAGAUCUGUGCCUUGGAGAGAUUUGGCAAGGGAGCUUGUAAUGGCGAUUCUGGUGGUCCUCUGGUUAUGAAGAGUGGUGAAUCCUAUAAACAGGUGGGUGUCGUCUCUUAUGGCACUGCUUUUUGUGCCUCCAAUAGCCCUGAUGUCUACACCCGAGUGUCCAUGUUUGAUGGUUGGAUAAAGGAGAGAAUGGCUUAAGGUUUUGUCAAGUCUAU